AUGGUGUGCGCGGCCCUCGAGGGCGUCGCGGCCACCGUGUUCCUUCCGGCGCUCAUGUCGCUGCUCCUCGGGGUCGUCCCUGAUCGCGAGCUCGGCUCGGUGCUGUUGACAGUGCUUGCUGGCGUGAUUGCUGGCGUGGCGUACCCCAACGUCGAGGGCAUCUUCUACCUUCUGGGCGCUGGAGGGGUGGCGGCCGCCGUCUUCGUGAUGCUCAUACCAGCUGAAACGAUCAAGCACAAGCGAGCCAGGCAAGCCGUCGUCACGGUUGAGUCGAUCACGGUUGACUCAACGCCAUCAAUUACGGGUGCGGUCGAUGGCGAGGGCGGCAGCGACGCGCCCAGGCAGAGAGCCGCUGCCGCCGCCUCUCACACGCGCUACUCGCGCUACUCUGAACUCUUCCGCAGUCGCGGCAUCGUCGCCCUGCUCACCUUCAUGUACCAUCUGUCGAACGCGGGCGUCACGCCGCUCGUCACGCAGCUCAUCGCGCACGAGGACGAGCGCACCGGCCUCGUCUUCACCUCCGCCGUCCUGUGCAUCUUCUACUUUGUGCAGGCGCCCACCGCCUACCUCGUCGGCCGCUACUGCGAGCGCGUAGGCUACAAACCGCUUCUGCUCGUUGCGCACCUGAUCCUCCCCGUGCGGUGCACGACCGUCGCGCUGCUCGCCAUGUACAGGCCGAACCAGUAUCUCCUCGCUGCCACCCAAGUCUUCGAAGGGUUGGGCGCAGGCAUCUACGACACCCUUCUGCCACUCGUUGUGAAGCGACUGGUGCAAGGCACUGGCCGCUUUGGGUUCACCUUUGGCUUCAUCAUCUCAUGCUGGCGACUCGGUCAUGGGUUAUCCUUGCUCCUCGGCGAGAGCAUCUCUCAAGCGAGCUCGUACGAGAUCGCCUUCUUCACCCUUGGAGGCCUCGGGCUUCUGGUCACGGCUCUGCUGGCCUUGUGUGUCCACGUGCCGCCUGCCAAGGCGGUUGAGGACCAGCGGGAGAUCACGCAGGAGGUAGCAGCCGAGGCGCAGAUCCCGACCCGCCACUGA